AUGAGAAGUAAAGAUGCACAGAAACGUUGUUCCUACAGCAAGGAAAAUGUUGAGUUAGCUUUAACAGCUAUAAAUUCAGGAAUGAAAAUUGCUGUAGCUGCCAGUAAGUUUGGGAUUCCUCGGUCAACUUUAGUAUCAAAAAAGUAUAAAAAAUAUUCUGAAGGUAAACCUGGACCAGCAACUAUAUUAACGGAAGAGGAAGAAGAUGUAUUAGUUCAGUGGCUUUUUCACUGUAGCAAGAAAGGAUUUCCUUUAACUAAGACAAAUUUGAUAGACAGCGUGCAAUUAUUUGUAAAAAAAUUGAAUCAAAAAAAUUCAUUUAUGGAUAAUAGACUAGGGCGACACUGGUUCGAAGGUUUUAUGCGUCGGCACAAGAAUGUAUCACAAAGACUUGCUGAAAAUUUAACAUUCAGUCGUGCAAUUAUCAGUGAGACAGGAUUAAGAAAAUGGUUUGACGAAGUUCUAAAUUAUUUAAAAGAUAAAAACCUUACAAAUAUAGAUCCAUCAAGAAUUUUUAAUGGAGAUGAAACUUGUUUUUUAUUAAACCCAAAAGGAGGACCUGUGUUAAUAGAAAAAGGUACCAAAAAUGCAUAUAAUAUAGUCGAUAAUAAUGAAAAAGAAUCUAUAAGUGUACUUAUUAUGGGGAAUGCGACUGGCCAAUUGGCACCACCAUUAAUAAUUCUAUUAUAUAAGAGAAUUCCAAGUUAUAUUAACACAAAAUUGCCACAGGGCUGGGCAGUUGGACGUUCAGAAAGCGGAUGGAUGACAGGCGAAAUAUUUUUCGAGUACAUAGCCAAUACAUUCCACAAUCGGAUAAUAAAAAACAAUAUACCACGUCCAAUAUUAUUAUUCUUAGAUGGACAUACUUUACAUUUAACUAUGCCAUUAUCUUAUUUUUGCUCUGCAAAUGGAAUUGAAGUUAUAGCUUUAAAGCCUAAUUCUACUCACAUUUUACAGCCUAUGGAUGUGGCUCUAUUUGGGCCUUUAAAAUGUUCUUGGAAAAAAAAGUAA